AUGCUUUGGGGCAGUCGGGAGCCAGGUGCGACGGGUCUUUUUAUAUCAAAGCCUUCAUGCAUUCUGUUGCGGACGAGUAAACCCUUAAAUCUCAUAUUUUGCGAAAAUAUCCGAUCGCCGGUUAGAGAAGCGCAUGGUCACAGCGGCUCGGUCCUGCCAUUAUCCGUCGAUCUCCGCCUGCCAUUUCCGGCUGGCCCAUCUAGAAUUGGACUGGGACCCUGGACACCUCCUUCCACACAUCUCAAGCCUAGCCAAGUCAGUGUCUUCGCCUCUCUCGAUCCACCGCGCCUGUUUGCUCCUUUUCCAGGCCCAAUGCGAAAUCGAUUUACCAUUCGUCCGAUUUUUGCCUUCUCUACUCUCGUACCUUCUUUCUACUCGUGCAAUUUUCGACGCAGGCCGUCGUGCGAAUGCGGUGUUGGGAGUGUCCUCGGAUCUUAUGCGUGCGACCGUUCAGAACGUCUGUUCUGUCCGCGUCUCCAGGCGAUUCACACUGGCACUUCAAAGCCCCUUGUAUCGCCCAAAAGGUGCUACACAAUCGCCAUAAUCGCCCUCAUGGCAUAUCCCGAUGCUUCCCUUCAUGCUGUUACAGCAGUGUUUCCUUCUUGGUCAAACAUUUUAAGCGAGAAAACUUUCUUCGGAAACCCUCUGAUGCGGAUGCAGGGUGUGACAUGCAUAUAUGCGUUGAAUUUGCUCGAAACGCCUUUUUUCAUCCUCUUGCGCCGAUCGCAAGCCGGGUUUGACAUAUUUAGAAUUCGCGCAUAUGUUAUGCAGACGGUCAGCGGACUCCAUUCAACACAACCCAAUCUGGAUGCUCGCCGUCCACGACAAAAAGUCCUCUUUUCUAUACUUGUUUUGCUCUUGGCCGCUCUGUUUCCCUGUUCAUGCACCUACGAGAACUUCUCGUCGGCGGACGUCACCUCUUUGCCACGGAAGCUGGAUAACAGGCUUCCUUCACUUCUACCUUCCAUAUUCAUCGAGUUCGACCGGAUAAGUGAUAUGGGUGUGUAUACGAGGGCGUUUACGUUUCCGCAUCUAAGCUUUCCGCUCAAAUCGUAUCGACAAGUGGCCACCAAUAAUGCGAUGCUCACCUUCCCUUUGAGUGAACGACGCAGAGUUUUUCCACCUGGCAAGCUAUCCCCCAAGAUACUCGUCCCGAGUCGUCGUUCAGUCCUUGUUACCCUAUGCGUCAUCAGAAUUUGCGUUGGUCCAUAUGUCGGUGCGGGGCUGGAUCCGCGUUCACAAGACCUGUACGCUCCCGCUUCUUGUCCCUGCUCGGCGUUCGGGACCCAACUGAAACACCUGUACUUCCGUGAUGGUGAUGGCAACGACAACUCUAACGCAUGGCAAGAGCGCAGCGAGCAACACGAAAGGCAUCCGCUGGAAUUUGGCAACCUCGUGAGGCAUGCACCGGGAGUGAAAUCUCUCCAUCAAAACGCAGAGGGCAGAUCGAUGUACAGCCCCGACGCCCAGCCCGCCCUCGCCCUCGACCGUAGAUUGGCCGUAUUCACUAUCCCGCCGGUAACCGUCAAUGGUUCCACGGACCGGGACGGAGUAUGA